ACGUUCGACGCGGGCGCCAAGGUGGCCGUGUUCACGUGGCACGGCUGUACCGUGCAGCUCAGCGGCCGCACCGAGGUGGCCUACGUGUCGCGGGACACGCCGAUGCUGCUGUACCUGAACACGCACACGGCGCUGGAGCAGAUGCGGCGCCAGGCCGAGCGGGAGGACGAGCGCGGGCCCCGCGUCAUGGUGGUGGGACCCACCGACGUGGGCAAGACCACCGUGUGCCGCCUACUGCUCAACUACGCCGUUCGCUUGGGCCGCCGGCCCACAUUCGUGGAGCUGGACGUGGGGCAGGGCUCGGUGUCCAUCCCCGGCACCAUGGGCGCGCUGUACAUCGAGCGCCCGGCCGACGUGGAGGAGGGCUUCUCCCUGCAGGCCCCCCUCGUUUACCACUUCGGCUCCACCACGCCCGGCACCAACAUCAAGCUCUACAACAAGAUCACAUCGUGCCUGGCCGACGUCUUCAACCAGCGCUGCGAGGUGAACCGGCGGGCGUCGGUGAGCGGCUGCGUCAUCAACACCUGCGGCUGGGUCAAGAGCUCGGGCUACCAGGCGCUGGUGCACGCCGCCUCCGCCUUUGAGGUGGACGUGGUGGUGGUGCUGGACCAGGAGCGCCUCUACAACGAGCUCAAGCGGGACCUGCCCCACUUUGUGCGCACCGUGCUGCUGCCCAAGUCCGGCGGCGUGGUGGAGCGCUCCAAAGACUUCCGCCGGGAAUGCCGGGACGAGCGCAUCCGCGAGUACUUCUACGGCUUCCGCGGAUGCUUCUACCCCCACGCCUUCGACGUCAAGUUCUCUGACGUCAAGAUCUACAAGGUGGGCGCGCCCACCAUCCCGGACUCGUGCCUGCCGCUGGGAAUGUCACAGGAGGACAACCAGCUGAAGCUGGUGCCGGUGACACCGGGGCGGGACAUGGUGCACCACUUGCUGAGCGUCAGCACCGCCGACAGCCCCGACGACAACAUCUCCGAGACCAGCGUAGCCGGCUUCAUCGUGGUCACCGGUGUGGACCUGGAGCGCCAGGUCUUCACCGUGCUGUCCCCGGCUCCACGCCCCCUCCCCAAGAACUUCCUGCUCAUCAUGGACAUUCGCUUCAUGGACCUCAAGUAGGGGAAGGGCGGGAUGUGCCCCCCACUUCCUCCUCCUCCUCCCUGUGCCCCCUUCCUUGUCUCCCCAGCGAGGUGCAGCACCCGCAUUUCGGUUUUAUACUUUUUGUACAGUUUGCUAUUAAAUCUGGAAGCUUUU